AUGGAGACCUGGUUUUGGAUUCUUGGCUGGUUCCUUUCAUUUCUGACCAUCAUUGGAAAUGGAUUUACAAUCUUCCUCGUCUGUAACAGACGAAAUCUCCGCACCAAAACCAACGCAUUUAUUGUUUCACUUGCAGUAGCGGAUUUCUGUGUUGGUUUGAGCGUUAUUCCUUCACUGUUCUUUUGCGACAUUACAAACACCUGCCACUGGCCUGAUUAUUGGUUUUCGUGGGUGAAUAUUAUAAGGUUGUUGCUUAGUUACACGUCUGCUUUGAACUUAUGCGGCUUAGUACUGGAUCGUUUUAUUGCCAUCGUCUAUCUUCUAAAAUACAUUACUUUGAUGACUCGAGUCGCCGUCGAAUUACUCAAGCUAUUUUCUUCUCUUGGGUUCUAACAGCUAGUUAUAAUGCGCUACAAGAUACCCUUUGUAUUGUCUUAUUUCAAAACAAUCCCUAUCUUUUUGUUUGGCUGAACAUAACUUCCACUUUUCUUCUAUGUAUUCUGUUAAUACUCUGCUUUGUAUCAAUGAUAUUUCAUGUAUGUAGGCAUGAUCAGUCAGCACGCACCUUAGCAAAACAGUUACGAUUUAACCAUCAGAUGUUGUUGAAAACCCAUCACGAGAAGUCUGCAUUAAUUAUGAUGGGUAUUGUAAUACGAGUUUUUCUUGUUUGCUAUGGUAUGUAUCUACGUUGUGGUUUUCAAAUACUAUCCUCAUCACGAUGUAAUGAUGAAAACUACAAAAUUCCUUUCUUGGUUUUAAACUCAGCAAUUAACCCGCUGGCUUAUGCCUUUUUCAAAAGAGACAUAAAGAAAGAGUUUAAAAGACUCGUCGGCUCUGUGUUUUAA